AUGGAAUCGUGUGGCUAUCCAUACACUUGGGAAAGGGGUCAGGGAACUCCAAACUGGACGGAGGGUCGGUUGGAUAGAAGUCUUGUUAAUCAAGGUUGGCUUACUAUGUUUAAUACGACUAAGCUUUAUAAUUUGGAGGUUUCUACCUCUGAUCAUUCUCCAAUCCUUAUGGAGCUUACCUCAUCUUUUGUGGAGCCAAGAGUUCGACGUUUCCUCUUUGAGAAUGCUUGGUUGCGGGAACCAGAAUAUACUGGAGAUUUUAAAAAGCGUAUUGCUAUUUGUAAAGAUGAAAUUCCGAAGUGGAAGUUGGGGAGUGAUGAAAACUCUACAGCAAACUAUAAAUUGGCUAAUAAACAAGUAUCUGAAGUAUACAUUCAGCAAGAAGUUUUUUUGCGUCAACGGUCCAAACAACUAUGGUUGCAAGAGGAGGAUAACAAUAGCAAAUUUUGUCAUGCUUCGGCUACUUCUCGACAACGAAAUAACUUGAUCUCUAAGCUCAAAGACAAUUCGGGGAGGUGGGUGGAUUGGAAUUCUGGUUUGCCCCAGCUCAUGAUUGAUUACUUCUCAAAUCUUUUUACCACUUCUAGCAAUGAUUGGAGGGAAGUAACUAGUUGUGUUCAGGCUCUUGUGGUUAGUAUAAAUUUUACAUUUCUCCCCGUAGAGAUAGUGCCUCCAUAUUUCAGCGCAAAAUCUACUACUGCCAACUUUAGAUCAUCAGAUAUAUACUUCCGUAACAUGGAAAUGUGGAAAACAUUAUGCGUUUCUGCUAAUGUUGCCAGUAGGGCCAAAUGUGAGCAUCUUUUGCCGUAUCUUUCAACUACUGCUUCUAAUACCAUUUUGUAA